AUGGCCUCCCUUCGCGUGACGGCCGCAUCCCGCUUUUCACCAAGCAUCACAGUCCGUCCUCUUGUGUCCCAAUCGCCGUAUGCUAGAGCCGCACUCGGCUGCCAGUACCGGUACCGGUAUCGGCACAUCAACCAGCGCCGCUCAUUCGCGAGUCAACAACCACCAGAUCGCCAGCAGUCCCAAACUGAUUCAGAAUCCGAUACGGCCUCGAUAUCCUCCUCAGAUUCCGGCUCGUCAACGGAAUCGCAAUCCAGUGCUUCUUCGGUGUCCAGCCGCUCCUCUCAAAUUUCAGAUCAAGAAAAUGCCAAACAUUGGGAAGAUUAUAGGUACAGCGACGUCUCGACCUUCAAAGAUUUACCGUCCAGAACAUUUGGUGUGAACCAGCACAUGCUGAUCAACGCGGAGCUGAAAACUGCCUUUACCCACCUGCUCCGCGACGAUAGCGAACGCAGCAUCACCGAUGCCGAAUUCCGCGCCGUCCACCCGAAGCCAACGGAGGCCUUGAUGCGCACGCAAAAGGGGAAUCCCAAGAUGAUUGACUUUAUCUUUGGCGUAUCCCAUGCUGAGCACUGGCAUUGGUUGAACAUGAAGCAGCACCCGGACCACUAUUCCGGCCUCGCCUCACUCGGUUCGGGCGCCGUCGCUGCGGUGCAGGAGAAUUUUGGCGCCGGCGUAUACUUCAACCCGUACGUGACGGUGAACGGCAUGUUGAUCAAGUAUGGCGUGACGAGCAUCAACAAUCUCUGUCAGGACUUGGCCUCCUGGGACACCCUCUAUCUCGCCGGGCGGCUGCACAAACCCGUCAAGAUCCUCCGCGACAACGCCGCCGUGCGUAUAGCUAACCAGCAGAAUCUCGUUGGCGCGCUCCGAACCGCGCUCCUCAUGCUCCCCGAGACCUUUUCCGAGUUUGACUUCUUCUCCACCAUUGCCGCCAUCAGCUACCUCGGCGACCCGCGCAUGGCGCUGCCCACUGAGAACCGAAACAAGGUCAAUAACAUCGUGACCAACAACCUCGUAAACUUCCGCCGACUCUAUGCGCCGCUCAUCGAGAUGCUACCCAACGUCUCGUACGUAGGCGAGAGCGACGUCGGUAGCAGCGAGUGGCUCGAGAGUCCCGAGAACCACCUGCUGAUGCAAGACAUGGAUCUUGUCAAGAGGGCCAAUAUGGUGCGGCGCCUCCCUUCGGCGUUCCGCCAGCGCCUCUACUUCCUCUACCAGUCCAAGUUUAGCAUGACCCGCUCCGAAUUCAACAAGCUGAUGGAGGAAACGGCAGACGAGGAUGCGCAGGGCUUCAAGAGGCGGCAAGGCGGCCCCUUUGAAAUGCGCAUCGCGCAGGACAGCGUGGAGGACCUACAGGAGGUGAUGCGAAAGGCCAUCAAGAAGACCAUCUCGUGGCCCAGUACGACGCAGAGCGCCAAGGGCCUCAUCACAUCCGGAUUUGGUCGGACGAUGCGGUACAUGAGCGAGAAGAUGAAUCGCUACAAGGAGGGUAACAGCAAUAAAGCUGAGACCGAGAAGACCAAGGAUGAGGCCCCGGCAAAGGAGUCAGAGCCCAAGUCUGAGGAAGUAGCCGCUGAGCAGGCGGACAAGAAUUCCAGCAAGUCAGGCGAAGCCAAGGACGAAAAGAAGUCGGCUUGA